GCGGGUUAUUGUAAUUAACCGUAACGCAAAAUCAAAAUCUCAAAAUCGAUUGCUAAAUAUCAAUCACAGUUGAAGAAUCAAGAUAUUCAAGGUUUGGUCAAAAUUUUCUGUCAAAAUUAGGUUAAAAUCAAGGUUUUGUAUCAAUUUCAAUGGCGAUUACUGGAAUCGAAACUACAAAUAGUUCAACAGAUUCUCAAACUCAAGCCAUGGAUUAUAAUCAUCCAUUAUACCUGCAAUCUACCGAUGUAAGUGGAACAACUAUAAUUUCGUUUCAAUUGAAAGGUGGUGAUAAUUACACGAAAUGGAGUAAAUCUAUGAAACUUGCAUUGUUAGGAAGAAAUAAGAUAGGGUUCGUUAAUGGAAAGUGUAAGAAGGAAAACUAUCCUGAAAGUUUGUGGGAUCAGUGGGAACGUGUGAAUGCUCUAGUAUUGUCCUGGCUUAUGAAUGAUGUAGAUACUAAUCAAAUAGGUGGUAUUAUAUGUGCUACUGAUUCACAAGCUUUGUGGGAUGAUUUGAAAAAAUAGAUGGCUCAAGGUCAUUUAAUAUACAUCAGGAGAUUGUUAUUACAGUUCAAGGAACUCAGUCUGUGUCUGCGUAUUACUCUAAGUUGAAAGAAUUAUGGAAUGAGUUUGAGUCUAUGGUGCCUAUACCAUGGUGUAAUUGUGAUAAAUCAAAAGAGUUUGUUAAAUAUGCGUAAAGACAAAAACUCUGCCAGUUUCUCAUGGGCCUAAAAGAGUCCUAUUCUCAAGCAAGAAGUCACAUCUUAUUGCAAAAUCCUCUUCCAAGUGUGAACCAAGCUUACCCUAUGAUAAUAAGUGAUGAAAACCAAAGAGCUAUGACUAGUUCAAAAACUCUACUGGUUUAGUGGGUUCAAGUUCUGGUAAGAAUCUGGGGAUGAGUGAAAAUGAAGCUAUAGCAAUGUACUCUAGAGCUGGAAACCAAGGUCAGAAGUUCAAAAAGAGGUUUAAUCCAAAUUAUAAUCCUAAUGCCUUUUGUGAUCACUGCAAGUUGAAAGGACAUUUCAAGAUUGAUUGUUUUAAGCUAGUGGGAUAUCCUCCAGAUCAUCCCAAAGCUAAUCAAGGAGAUGGAAGGUUCAAUCAAGGUGAAAACAAAUUUCACCAGUCUGAUAACAGGUUCAGGGCAAAAUAUGGUAGAGGAGGUGGACAAAGUGCACAUACAGCUCAUAAUGCAGUUGUUGAACAGCAGAAUCAGAAUAUGCAUAUCUCAGAUGAUGAUGAAUUUCAAUUCAGGUUACAAUCAAUAUCAACCAAGUGGCGGUGUUCCUAUACAACAACAACUGGCUCAAUUUCAAAAAAUUAAAGGUCCUACAACACUCACACCUUCUCAGUAUGCUGAAAUUUGCAAAAUGAUGGAGCAAAGUCAACUUGGUGGACAACCAUCUCACUCCAGCAAUAUCUCUCAUUCUGCAAACAUGACAGGAUCUCUUCACUGGGAAGGUGAAGGAGAUUGGUAAGGAAGAUGAUGGUCUCUACUAUCUCAUACGGUCAAAACUCAGGCUUACUAAGGAACAAAUUCUUGGAUAUGGUCUGUAUUCUACUAGUGAAACUGUUAAAGAUGAAGACCUUAGUUUGUGGCAUAAAAGAAUGGGUCAUGUGUCAUCUAGUGUUUUACAAAAAUUAUUUCCUACUACAUUGUCUAGUAUUACAAAUUUGAUAAAUAAGUGCACAGUCUGUCCUUGUGCCAGGCAAACUAGGUUUCCAUUCCCUAAGAGUAUUACUACUAGUUCCAGGAUAGUUGAACUUGUACCUAUGGAUGUAUGGGGAUCAUAUAAGACUGCUACUUUUGAUGGUUAUAAAUCCUUCUUAACUGUUGUAGAUGAUUUCUCAAGGUUUACUUGAGUUUUUCUACUAAGAUUGAAGUCUGAUGUGUUUGUGCAUAUAAAGAACUUCCUAACUCUCAUCAGAAAUCAAUAUGAUCUAAUGGUCAAGACCAUAAGAACUGAUAAUGGCACAGAAUUUGCCAAUUCUAUGUGUAAUGAUCUGUUUACCAAUUUAGGGAUCAUUCAACAAAAAUCAUGUCCCUAUACUCCAUAGCAAAAUGGAGUAGCAGAAAGAAAACAUAGACAUAUUUUAGAGCUUACUAGAGUCAUUAGGUUCCAAGCUCAGAUUUCUACAAGGUUUUUGGGAAAUACAGGCUGCUGUCUAUAUAAUCAACAGGCUCCCUUCUUAGGUGAUUAACAACUGCUCACUUUAUGAGAGAUUAAAUAGUAGAAAACCUUCUUUGAUUCAUUUGAGAAUUUUGGGUUGUUUAUGCUUUGCAAAAGUCAUUCAACAGACAGAUAAGUUACAAUCUAGAUCAAGAAAAGCCAUUUAUAGAGGCUAUUCAGAAUAUCAAAAGGGAUAUAUAUUAUAUGACAUUGAGAAUAAGAAUUUCUUUGUACACAGAGAUGUCAUCUUCAAGGAAGUCAUAUUUCCUUUCUCAAUGAGCACAAAUGCUGGAACUUCCAUUUUUCUACCUGCUAGUCCAAUAUAUGAAAACACUACAGGUGCUACUAAUCUUGAUUUGAACUUAGUACAUACUUCAGCACAACACACAGGUGAAACAAGUACCAGUCAGGAGGAGAUGAGCAUACACAAUGCUGAUGAUCAAUCAAGGGAAAUAUCAUUUCAAGCUGAUGAUCCAUCAGGAGAAACAUCAUCCUAACUCAACAAUCUCCUUAAGUACAACAAUUACCAAGUCACAACAUAACAAAUACAACACAAGGAAAAAUUUAACAGCAACAACAAGCCCAACCAACUAGAAAAGAACCAACUAGAAAGUCCAGCAAAGACAAACAUCCACGAUGUUGGAUGAAAGAGUUUGGAUCACUAAUGUUCAUAAUGAUAUUCCUUAUGCAUUGUCUAACUAUCUAACUUAUGAUCAACUCUCAUCUAAAUAUAAAGCUUUUGUGACCUCUAAGCCAAGUGUUACUGAACCUGCUACAUAUGUUGAAGCUAAUAAAGAUCCAAGAUGGAUUGAGGCUAUGCAGGCUGAGGUAGAUGCUCUUCAGCAAAACAAUACUUGGCAGAUAGUUGACUUACCAAAAGGCAAAGUUCCAAUUGGUUGCAAAUGGAUCUUCAAGAUCAAAUAUAAGGACAGUGGUGAAAUUCAGAGAUUUAAAGCAAGUUUGACGACAAAAGGAUAUAGUCAACAAGAGAGAAUUGACUACCAAGAGACAUUCAGCCCAGUCAUCAAAAUGGUAACAGUUAGAACAGUUUUGGCAAUAGUAGCUGCAAAGAAAUAGCACAUACACCAAAUGGAUGUGUAUAAUGCCUUUCUUCAAGGGGACUUAUAUGAUGAGAUAUACAUGUAUCUACCGCAAGGAUUUAAGAGUCAAGGGACAACAAACAAGUGUGUAGACUCAAAAAAUCCUUGUAUGGAUUCAAACAGGCACCAAGGCAGUAGAAUGUAAAAUUAAAAGAAGCCUUGGUCAAGUUUAAGU